UCGUUUAUGGCAAAAGCAUGGGUCCUCUCAAGAAAUGUUGAGCAGAAUGAGACGAGCCUGAAAUAUUAACUGUUUUCGUGAUUUCUGUUGGUAAAACUAGGUCAUCAUGUCGACCGACAAAUUAAGAAGUUUAGAUGUGGCCAAAACGGCCUCAAUAGACUUGAUGGCUCUGAACAACAACAUUGUAACGAUGAGGAAACGUGUCAAACAAGCGAAGGUUCGUGUCAUCCGAAGACUAGUCCGCAGUAUCGAUUCUCUCAAGAAGAAAAAGGGCACUCCUGUGAUGCUGGAGAAGAACAAGAGGAAAGCUGAGCGUCUGGUGGAGGAGAUCCAUGCCAUUAAGCACCUGAAAGCUGACAAGAUCUCCAAGUUUGCAAUUGGCAACACCAUAUCUUUUGUUGAACUCUGCAAGCAGGACAAUUCAUCCAUCCAGUCUCGAGCUCUGACUCGUGUCUCAGAGAAUGAAGUCAUACAGAAAGAGGUAACCAGGUUCAGAGACUCCCACCCUGACUGGAAAUCUCUUUCCGCCUUCCUCCUGAUGAAGCAGAGUGGCAGACGAUACAAGAAGAAGAAGAAUAGAUCCACUGCCGAAAAAGUGGACACAAACAUCAAAGCCAGGGAGGCCAUGAUGGAGGCUUAUCUAGAUAACAGGCUCGAGAAAAAGAAAGUGGACAUUGAAAAAGUUAAAAAAUCUGGGCAGGUGGGGAAGGGCAAACAGAAAAAGAAUCUUGUGAAAAAUGAGGCUGAAAGUGAUGGUAGUUCUGGGAACAUGACAUCAUCAGAUGGUGAUAGUGAAGACGAAAUUAACAGUGAAGGAAGUGAUAGUGAAGAACUUGACAGAGAAGAAGCUGACAGGACUAAGGUGACCCAAGGAGGCAGUGUGAAAAAGGAAAGGUUUAGUGGUGUAGAGAAGGAACCGAUGAAAACUUGGGAUGACAGUGAUAGUGGGGACAGUGAUGAAACUGAACAGAGGACUACUCAGGGACAGUCUCCCAAGAAGUCCUCCUUGCAAGAUGCUUCUUUUGACAGGGAGAAUCAGAGGAAGGAAGGAAGUGAAAAGGAUGGGAACAAGAAGAAAGGAGGUCUAAAGCUUGAGAUACUGCAGCAGAUGUUUUCAUCAAAGGAUGGAGACAGUGAGUCAGAGUCUGACUCUGGACAGUCAUCUGGUGGAGAUGAAGUGAAAGAAGUCAUAAGGAAAUCUUCAAAGAAUGCCAAAUUAAAGUCUAAAAUCAUAAAAGAAAUGUUACCUGCAGACUCCAGUGGUGAUGAUUCUGACUUGGAGGAAGAUAUGACAGAGGAAGAGCUUAAUGAAUCUGAUAUCCUCACUGAUUUAAAUCAAAGGAAAAAUGAAAACAAACAGAAAAAAACCAAAUCAUCUAAACAUGCCAAACAGAAAGGAAAAAAUAAAAUUAUGGUUGUUAAAAAAAUUAAUCUAGAAGAUUUAGAAAAUGAUGAGGACUUGAAAGAGAAAAAGUUCUCUGAAGAUGUUCCCGGGAUUCUUUUGUCUCCGGAAGUAAAGAAAACCCGAGAUGCUUUCUUUGCUGGCAGUGAUGAUGAAUCUGAUGGUGAGGAUGAGGAACAGGAUGAAGCAUCUUCUCAGGACAACAGUAGUGAAGAUGAAGGGGAAGGUCCAAGUGCUUUUGAAACUACAUUUAUUGGUACACUGGCUCAUAAAAAACAGUUGAAAAGGGGGGUUGGUCAGACAGGGGUCAAGGUCGUGGACGUGGGUCUGGGGUCAGGGGACAUAGUUUCAAAGGACGUGAAUUUCGGGGAGGACAUGGUGAUUUUCGAGGAGGAGGAGGUGAUUUUCGAGGUGGACGUGGCAAUAUUCAAGGUGGACGUGGUGAUUUUCGAGGUGGAGUCAGUAAUUACAGAGGAGGUGGUAAUUACCGAGGAGGAUAUAGUGAUAAAGACAGAUCAGACUUUCAGAGAGACAAAUUCCAAAAAUUCAAGGGUAGCAGUAGGGGAUCAGGGUCAAGUUUCAGAGGUCAAGGAUCUAACCAAGAAAAAGACAGACACAACUUUGAUAAUCAGAGCUCUAGAGGCAGGGGAGGUAACUCAUACACUAGCACUGACUUGAAGUCGCCAGGAAAACAAGAAGCCAAGAAGCAGCAGUCUGGGGGUCAGUCGUCCCUCCACCCAUCCUGGGAGGCCAGUAAGAGGAAGAAGGAACAGAGCGGCAUACAGGCAUUCAAAGGAAAGAAGAUCAAGUUUGAAGAUUGAUUGUGUGCUUUGUCAGCUCAAAAACCAUUAUAACAUCUGUUCAAUAAUAAAAAUGAUUAUCAAUCACC